UCAUUCUGAGCUCCAACUCUAAACUUUCACAUCAGAUAAAAAAAUAAAUAAAUAUAAAAUUCCCCGUGUAUAUAAACUGAGAGAUUUGAAUAGCUUUAAUCUUGAUCGCUUUUUCAUAAAUCUGAUUAGGUUUGUUGAUAAACAGGGAGAGAAAAAAAAGAAGGAAUAAUCAUUCUGGCCUUGUCUGAUGUCCAUGAGCGGAAGUUUUGAUUAUGAAUAAUAUUAGAAGAUCUUCCUUUCCGUGAGGGAGUAAAUUCAUUCAAAGAAGGAAUAUAAUUAAGGAGGUUUAUCAAUACAUGUUUCUUCUCCCAUGCACUCAUAAUAUUCAUUGCAUCAUUUAUUCCUUGAUUUCGAUAUAAAGAAAUGAACAUUUAAAAGCCGUUGAUCAUGGAUACUUCUUCGAAAUACCCUUAAAAAGACUAUUUCAAGCAGAUAGAAUGCAUUGAAAAAUAUUCGAAUGUGUACGUGGGUGUGUGUUCGAUAUUAAGUGAGAGAAGGGGAGGAAUGAGUGAAAUGAAGAAAAGAUUGUCUCAUCCUUACACACUGAGUGAGGUGUCACGCCACUGCCACCCUGACGAUUGCUGGAUUAUAGUGGGCGAUCAUGUGUAUGACGUCACUUCUUUCUUAGAUCAACAUCCGGGUGGUAAAGAUGUGUUGAUAGAACAAGCUGGUAGAGAUGCAACACUCGCCUUCUUUGGUGCUGGACAUCACGAGGGCACUUUCCAGCUACUGGAACCCUUCUGCAUCGGCAUCUUGGUACAGCAUGAGAGAAUUCGCAGUAACGUAUCCCAAGAAGUUGUAGUGGCAGAUUGACCUCCAACUUUUUAUUUAUAUUCACAUUUCAUCAUUCUUUCUUCAUUGAAAAAAGUGCAUGUGUUCAAUUUCUUCGAAUUUUCUUCACGGACUAAAGCACGAACAUUCAAUUCCUCUCAUUUUCUUCAUUGAAAAUCCUACCUCAUUUUCUUCGCUGAAAAUAAGUGCAAGUGUUCAAUUCCUCAUCAUUUUGUUUUCAUUGAAAAAAGAUGCCUUGGAGACACUCUUAAACCACGUGACGAACAAAUUAGAGAGAUGGUGAAGUAAUUAAAGAGCUGCAUGGAUGAAGGUUCUAAUGGACCUAAUAGCAAAUUUGAGUCAAAAAGUCAUCGAUAAUAAUAAGAAAUAAAAAUCAUAGUUGGCCUCAAGCUGCUAUAUGGAGAAAUCUUAAAAUUACUCGCGCUUAUUUAAACUGUUCGCUUCGUACCAUUCUCACUCUGGGCAUUUUAAACUGCCGUAAAAAGGCAGGUUUAAUAAGAUUACUCAUUGACUGUUUGUUGCCGAAUGAAAUACUCUUCAAUUAUGAGAACAUGUGCUUUUUACUAACUUCCUCCUCUGAGAUGACAGAAAUUUAACUGCAUGAGAAAAUAUAUGAACGUUCAAUAGUUAAAUAAGAUCAUUCUCCGAGAAGUCUCAGUUUUUGUUCCUAAACGUCACAUAUCUAUUCGCAUAUCAUCCUUAUUUCUUCAUUGAAAAAAGUGAAUGUGUUCAAUUUCCUCUAAUUUUCUAAAGCACAAACAGCCUCUCAUUUUCUUCAUUAAAAUGUCGCCUCAUAUUCAAUUAUACAUUGAACCAUUCUUUGAUCAUUGAAGACACUUACACUGGACAUAACUGGACACGUGAAGUUUCAAUUUGACGAUAAACGUACUUCUUUAAAAUGUAAUUUUAUUUAAAUAAAAAUAUUUUAUCUGUA